AUGAUCCCGAAAAUGAUCAACAAAAGAAGAAGAACGGCUGGACCAGGAGUCGAACCUGGGUCGUUUCCAUUAAUCGGAAAAGCUUUGACCUCUAAGCUAUCCGGCCCCUGAUAUCAGUGCAAGGUCUACUAACACCUUCAAUAUAGAGGUCGAUGAGGAUCAGGAGGCGCUGGGUAUUGCUUCACGGCACGCGCAGUCGCUCUUCACGCCGGACCCAGCUCGUGGCGACCCGACGAACGCACGCCGGUCCCUGCUCGACCCUAUUCGCGCAGCGAAAUGCUACGAUGACGACCGCUCGGACCCUACGUUCGGUCGUCGGCUGCCUCGUCAAGCGAGAGUGGCGCUUGACGAGCCCUUCACCCUCCUCGAGGUUGAAGCGGCGUUGAAGAAGACGGAUUCGGGGCGAUCACCGGGGCCCUCGGGCAUUCCGUACGAGCUCUUCAAGGCGCUGCCAACCUACUUUGCUCCCAAGCUGUUGGACUUGUUCAACUCGAUUUGGGAGGGCGGCAAAAUGACGGCGUCCUUGGCAGAGGGGCUGGUGCGGCUCUUGCCCAAGAAUAAACCGGGGGCCAAUCUGAAAUCACUGGGGGCAUACCGACCGAUCACAUUGCGCGAGACGACCUACAAGGUCCUCAGCAAGGUCUUGGUGGCGCGACUCAAUGGGGUGCUCGGCGAGCUUUUGCCGCCGGCGCAACACGGCUUCAUGCCAUCAAGACGUUCAGCGGACGCGGGAAGUCAUCUCACUCUCCUUCUCGAAAAACUCAAGUCGCUAGGCACUGAUGUUUUCCCCGAGGGCGCCCUCUUGUCUUUGGAUCAGCAGAGCGCGUACGAUCGGGUCGAUCACGCCUGGAUCUUCGAGGUCUUUGAGGCCUUUGGGUUCGGUGAGCGUUUCAUCUCGCUGCUGCGCGCUCUCUACGAUCCCGAGACUCUGGGGGUGCGCUACCUUGUCAAUGGGUUCCCCACGGACUUGGUGCGGUUGCUGUGUGGUCUCGGUCAGGGGGAUCCCCUCUCGUGCCCGGUUUGGAACAUCACGUUCCAGCCCUUCCUCGACGCCCUCGUUCGGCGCGGGAUCGCGCUCGACCUGCAGAAGGUGUGGCCAGGGGGGCCGCGUGCGCAGCUUACGCAUCUGGCGUUUGCCGACGAUGCUGUGGUGGUGGUGGAGUCACCGGCGGCAUUGUCGAAGCUGCAAACGCUGUCGCAGACGUGGUACGAGGCUACCAACGGGAAGACCAACACGGACAAGACGCUGGUGCUACCACUCGGACCGAACUGGCUUCGGGACGAGACUGCGCAGGCGCUGCCAACGGUGCAGGAGGGGGAGAGCUUCAAGUGGUGCGGCUAUGCCUUCUUUCGCCACGGUGACUCGAAACUGUUUUGGACCCAUGUUCUUGACAGGAUCAAGGCCAAGACCCGCGCCGCUCGAGACCGGACACUUUCGCCGAGUGGGAAGGUUUUCUAUGCCAACGCUCACAUCAUCUCGACGGUCCUCCACGUGCUGUCCUUCGACAUACCGCCUCAAUGGUUCAUUAAGGCGGCGGAGACGGCACUUACGGACUUUGUCUGGGGAGGAGCAGGGCGAAAUACCGUCGCUCGCGAUUUCGUGUUCCAGGCUCGGGAGGACGGUGGCUUGGGUUUGAUUUCGAUUGGCGACAUCGUUCAUUCGGUGGCGCUUCGAUUUUGGGAUGCUGUGGCGGGCUCGGACGAGGCGAUCUGGGCGCCCCUAGCUCGCGAGAGCUGGAGGUGCCUCGUCGCUGUGACCCGCGAUUUCAGUCCGUGGGGGUUCUUCAGCAGCACGGCUCGGGUCGAGAAGCUGUAUCGCGACUCGACGCGCUGGGGGGCAGUCGUUGCAGCGGCCAGGGUCACAGUUCCAACCAUCAAGUCCGAACUCCUUACGCUUCCCGAAUUGCUCUCGCUUCCGCCUCGCCUCCCUUCACUCUAUGCUGAAGGUGCCCAGCACGCAUAUGACGAUGCGGACGCGGUGGCGAAGUUUGCGCAGAUCGCGGACCUGUACUGGAGGGACGAAGGGAAGGGAUGGGCUCUGGUUGGUCAUCGACGCGGGUUCUGGCAGCACUCUAAGGAACCCGCCCUACAGCACGAGCACGUGUGGUCGCGCGUGGGUCAGUUGCUCAAGGCGAAAGCGUUGCUGCCCAAGACCGCGUUGCGACCUGCUCGGAUACCUCUCAAGGAGGCUCCCCGUCCUCGGUGCUUCAACUUCUUUGGGCUCUCCCGACCUUUUACGAUUCGCAAGCUUCGUCGGCUUGUGAACAAGGUGCGGUUCCCAGGGAGGGAGGACCGUGUCAAGCGUUUCCCUGAUGGGACUUCUCAGAGCGAUAGGAAGCGCUUCUGGAGAUGGCUUCAUGACCGGUUCGCGUCUGCUGUCGAGCAGGACACCCACUGGCGGCUCAUGUACGACGUGACGCCGACGCGCAAGAGGCAGCAUACUCAGGGUCAUGCCUCUUCGCCGACGUGUCUGUUCUGCGGCAACGAUGCAGCGGUCAUCGAGACGGUGUCCCACUACUUUUUCGAGUGCGCGUACUCGACCAGCUUCUGGGGUGGGGUGCUACGCAUUCUGCUUGACAAGCUCGGCAUCGAGGAUACCGACGUCGAUCCGUCGACGUUCACUCCGGAGCAGCUGACUAUGGGGCUCCCCCUUUUGCGGGGUCGUGGGAGAACGACCUCGAAAUGGAUGUGGGUUCGGCUGGCCUGCGCGAUCGGUUUCCAGCGGCUGCACCUGCUCCGCUGGCGCGUUCAUCAGCGGUUCGAGCUGGACAACGUCAUGGCCUCUCCCUCGCUUCCCAGUGCGCUCAGAGCGUUCGAGCGAGAUUUUCUCUCUCGAGCGGGCUUUGUGCCUGGGGCUCGAGAUUGGGAGGUGUGAUGACCGAGUUAAUGGAAGGCUGCGCACCUCUCCCUCUCUCUACUUUGUGCAGUAGCGGUUUUCGUUCUUGGAUGGAUCGGCAAGCCGGGUCGAUCGUCGUUGCGUUGGAGGCUUUGUGAAGUUCUCCCCUCUCUUUCCCCCCCUUUCUCCCUUCUCUUCCUCAUCUCGUUCCUGUUGCUCGGUUGUUGACUACGCUUCAGCCACUUCUCCUUUUAUUCCUAAGCCGUGUGUUGGAUUCCGUCGAAUAGAUCGUUCGUUCGCGUUGGUCAAGAUCUACGGCAUGGAUCGGGAAGAAAGAUCGCUCGUUUUUUUGGUCAAUAUCCUCGCGUCAAGGCGAGGCUCGUUUCGUUGUAUUGGAUCGUUUUCGCUCGGCCCCGACGGCUCAACAGCCAGCACUCGAGACUCAGCCAAGGGAGGACAUCAGGCGCUGUCGGGGUGACGAGUAG